ACAAUUUUUCAUAGAGGGUCAUGUCCCGAGAUAAGAUCGAGCGUUUCGUUCAUUUUGUAUGCCAAUAAAAUCAUAACCGACAUCGGCUAGUAAGCAUGAAGAAGAUCAUUUUUGCCUUUUUCCUGAUUAUACUAAGAUCAGACAUUGUAAAAAGUGAUUAUUUCGAUUGUUUCGAAACUCCAGAUUAUGAUUAUACUUACGAAUAUCCAGAAGUGAUAUAUUUGCCUCCUGAACGAGUUAACAACAUUGUGGAUUUUUUGAAAAAGCUAGCAGCAAAUAGUACGGCACCAGUGAUACCUUAUCCGAAACAGAAAAACACUGAAGCAACUCCGAGAGAGGAGACCACUAGACAUAUAGAAGAAAUAACCACUACCACGGCAGCAACAACAACAACAACUUCCGCAGAAACUACUACACCUACAACAGAAGCAACCACAACUUCCGUAGAAACAACCACAACUUCCGUACAAACAACCACAACAUCGACAGAGUUACCCACACUUUCCACAAAAGUAACUAUAACUCCCACAGAAGUAGCCGUAACUAUAAAAACAGAUGAAAAUCCGGAAGUUGAAGAUCCUAUUGAAGAUGUUAAUGAUAAUGGACUAAUUGAAAGAGAAAAAGUUCCAAAUACACCAGAAGCAAAUGAAAAUCUGGAUAUGAAUUAUGAUGAUAACUAUUAUGAAAGAGAUUCUCAGGAAGAUAUAUUGAGUUCCAAAAAGAAGCCGGAGAAAAUAAGAGAGUCAACCCAAUCAACACCUGAAGAUGAAAACGAUUCGAAACCUAAAAAUGUAUAUAGGUGGCUUAGUUUGUGAACACUGUAGGUAUUAGGAAGAAAGUAUGAUUUCUAUUGGAUAUUUUUGAUACAUGUUUUUCAGUUUCU